AUGCCUUUAUGCUGCGGUGGAAUCGGAACACCUAGAGAGCCGUCUGCAGAGGAAAAUGAAAAACUUAAGACUCUGUUAGAAAGCAAGUUGGAGUCUCAUAUCGGACGGAAACCUCGUUCAUUUGAAAUCGUCCAGAUCACUAGUCAGGUAGUCGCAGGAACCAAUCACUUCGUCAAGGUGAAACUAGACAAUGGCGAGUAUAUUCAUGCUCGAAUUUUCGAACCGCUACCCUGUCAUGGCAAAGAACUUCAGUUACACUCUGUCGUUAAAGACAAAAAGGAAAGUGAUGCGUUGGAAUAUUUCUGA